AUGAAAGAAAAUCUUAAAACUGAGAUGAGUGACACUACUUUCAGAAGGGAAGCCACUCUUUCACUAAAUUACAUCUGCAGCUCCCAAAUCUUUUUCGAGAACAGAAGACCUUCAACCAAGAAAUCUCUUUAUCUAAGAUCCUCUCAAAAUCAAGUCAGACUACCUCAUUUUUAAACUCAGAUCAUCCAAAGGAACAACCGAUCCAUCAAGGCUGAGAAGAAUAAUACAAUUAUAUCUGGGAAGACCUACAUUACCAAAGCAAUGGAGCAUUAGUAUUUGAGGAUUUCUUGCGAGAAUUUAAUGGCACCUUUGGGCUGUCAAGUACAAUGCACCAGUGAAUUUUAAUUGAUGAUCUCGUAAGUUCAUCCCUUCCCCACCAAUUACAAUUGCGAACAAGUUAUCAAUAAUAGAGGAUUUGUUGUUUCAGUGAUUGCAGGUGAAUUUAUUUAUAUAUCAAUCAUUACUCGGAAAGAUUCAGAACUUCAAUUCAACCUCUAAAUUAAUCAGCCUCUUGAAGAAUAUCAAAGAAUCAAAACUCUCCAAGACACUCCAUCAACUGACUACUAAUAAAUGGUUAAAUAGUCUCAUUCCAAAUCUUUUUAAUGUAUUAUCAAUUCCAAUAAGGAAUAGGCAGGAAUUAAAAAAAACAGAUACUAAGAUGAAAUAUCAAGAUCAGACCGAUUCCUCAAAGUACUAUCGACAAGGAACUUCUAAAGACAAUCCAAAACACAAGCAAAAAUGUAGAAGCAAUAUCAAAUCAAAGCCAAGAAACUGGCGAAUCAAGAAAAAAUCAUAACCAAAAUUAUAAACGACAAAAAAUGUCAAAAAGUAAUUUUUGAAUAACAAUGGGCCAUCAUUAUUUUUUUCAUUAAAAUGAGCUCCAGAAUUUUUGAUGCAUUCUCGCAUAAAAAGUAAAUCAUGAAGAAGAAUAGACUAGUAGCAUUUAGAAUUAAAUCACUCUUAAGGCAAAUGAAAAAGAAAAUCAUUUGUCCAAAAGGAGAAUUCUUAGAAACACGAGUUUUAGUUGAUUGCUUCAUCUCUAUCAAGGCUAAAACUAAAACAAUCAGGAGAGCAAUAAGAACCAAAUAAAUCUAAGGAUUAUUACCUAUUCUUCAACAAAGAGCAAUAAUAUACUGUAUAAAAAUGAAAAUGCUAAAGUUAGGAAAUAAACUGAAUAUUAUCAAGAAACACAUCUUAUAAUUCGAAGAGAACUACACAAAAUACAAAAGUGAUAUGAUUGUCAAAUGGGACAAUUUGAAUGAGAAGAUAAAGGAUGAGGAAAUAAAGUGGAAAUAGGCUGCUUUGAGAAAGAAGGGAUUGGUUACUUGGUUUUAGGUGUUGAAAGAUAAGGAAUUUGCUUAACAGAUGAGGAAGUGCUUCUUUUUUGAAUUGAUGAGGGAUAGAAUCAGGUAGCAUUUGCAAGAUCAGCAAUUAAUCAAGAAGUAUAAAAUGGAUCUUAAGUAUUACAAAUAGAAAUUGAGAGUUUGUAGAGAUUUUGUGGAGGCUAAUACAUUUAGAGGUGAGAUAUUUAGAUUAACUAAUGACAUAUUUGCGAUGCAUAUGAAGAACUAAUUAUUUAUGCAUGUGGAUGUCGAGAAGUAUUUUCACUUAUUAGUGAGCAAAUAUAUCAUUCUGGUUGAUGAGCCUGACAAUUUGCCUGCUGAAUUGUAAGGUUAAUAGAAACAAAAGCAGAGACAAUCUAGACUCACGAUGAGGAGAAUAACGAAAAAAUCUAAAUUCUGA